AUUCAAAAUUUCUUUGAGAACCAUCUUCAUCUCAAUAUGGCCGAAUUUGGAGCACAAGCUAUACCACAGCUGGAGAUAUCUCCGGACACUACAAGUGAAGGGGAUAACGCAGCCACAGGAUCAUCGAGUAGUGCUUUCGACAUAAAAGAUAGUAAUGGUCAAUCUAAGAUACCCAAAAUAUCUCGCUCUAUCAAAGGAACAUAUCAAAAAAUGAAACCACGCAAAUCUAAUAUCAAGCGUUUGGGAAAUAAGACUCCUUCAAAUACAUGUUUCGAAAACAAGUCCAAAAUACCCAAGCCAUUGCUAUUAGGAUCAUCUUCAUUGACGACACCAUUAAAUAUACCAGGCAGCUCUCUCUCCCCACCAUCUUCGUGCGCAGCUGGCAGGACUAUAGCUACAAAAGAGCAAGAGAUUACAGCUGUAUUGCAACGUCCACAAACAAACAUAAUUUUGGCAUAUCGCAAGAGAAAAUCAAUUUCUCAAAUGAAUUUCAAGCAAUUUCAGCGCCUUGGCCAAAGUCCAAACAAAGCAGGCACCCUUAACGCUGCUGUUCAUGAACAAUCUUUGGUAGUGAGCAAUAAUUUCGAGGAUUGUAACUAUGCAAUUUCCAGCCAUCUAUCUUCUCCGAUGGUCCACGCUGAGCCACGCCCACGUUUUGCCGAAAUGAAAAUAUUUUCGAUAAUCAUGCUAAAUGCUUGGCGCAAAAGACGAAAUGAGGUCAAACACUUAUCGGAAGAACUGGCUGAGCUCAAAAAGGGGGCCAUAAAGACUCGAAAUCAGUUGCAUGUCUUCAACACACUUUUCCGUGUGGAACAAAAACGAAACGAUGAACUUAGUUGCCAACUAAAGCACUCUCUGCAGGACAUCAACAAAACCAAGUCUUCAUGCGAAAGCCUAACCACCUCGUUGAUGAGUCUGCAGGCAGAUAAGAUGCUACUUGAGCAACAACAUCAGACCAAAGACCAAGAAAUCGAAAAUCUUACCAAUCUUCUUUCUCAAACAAAGUCCGAUGUGUUCAAACUUUUAGCUGUACAACGCGAAUUGCAUGCCAACUUGGCGAAAGAGAGAAGAGAAGUUCAAGUACUUAAGGAUGAAAAAACUGAUCUCCUGAGUGAAAUCUGCCAACUGAAGUUUACUAUAGAACAAAUGGCACAGCAGCAAAGCGCAGAACUUCUGGCAAAAGUCGAAAAGAUCAAAUCUUGUGAACAAGAAAUUGAAAAUUUGGAAAGACAAGUCAUGGGCAAAAAUUGUGUCCAACAACCGCAAGCAAUAGAAACCAUGGAAACUGCUAAGUUCCCGAAUGACAGCCUGAAGGGGACUGUAGCUAAUCGCUUGAAGAAGUGCUGGAACAAUUCCAUGGCUUACUCCAAGACCAGACUUAACAUUUUCCAUUGGUUGGUUUAUUUCUUGUUGCCUGCUGCUCCACCACCAUGUCGAAAAACAUUUCCAUUUGGUCCCAAAUUAGGAAAAUGUUUCAAUAUUGCAUAACUUCAGCCCUAUUUUAUUAAUUUAUGUUAAUUUUUAUGUAUAUUCAAUGAUAUGUAUAAAUGUAUAAAUUUU